AUGAUUUUGUUGAUAUAUUUCUUAUUUGUAAUUGUUAUUGAUAAUAUUGUAUGUUUAAAUUAUCGUGAUGAAAUAAUUGUUUCAAAAAAAGAAAUUGAAGAAAGGUUUCAUGAUAAUCUCAAUCCAUAUAGUCCAUUAGUUCCAUGUGAUUUUCUUCCAUCAGAUUAUUAUGAAUGUGAAUCAGUUGAAGAUAUACCUGAAAAUGAAACACGAUCAUGUCAAAAAAAAAAUGGUCGUCGUUUUGGUGGUGAAAAAUAUGAUGAAGUUGAACAUACAUGGAUUCGAUGUGAAAUUUAUGAUGGAAUUGAUUGUAAAGGAAAUCGUUCAUUUAUAAUAACAAAUAUUCCAUGUAUUAAAUAUUCAUCACAUUAUUUUAUUUCAACACUUUUAUAUUCAAUAUUUUUGGGUUUAUUUGCUGUUGAUAGAUUUUCUCUUGGACAUAUUGGAAUUGCUGUUGGAAAAAUGAUAACACUGGGUGGAUUAGGACUUUGGUGGAUUAUUGAUAUUAUUCUUCUCAUUUUUGGUAAAUUAAUGCCUCAAGAUGAUUCAAAUUGGAUUAUUCAACAUUAA